AUGUUUUCAGCUAUGAAUAUUUUAUCAUCAUUUACAAUUUUUGCCUUAUUUGUUUCAUUUGUUAGUUCUAAGUCACUAGAAUUUAGUGACAAAAAUUUCAUUGAUUCUUUAAAUUUUAAGAAUAUUUUAACACCAGUUAUUUUAAAUGAUGAUGAAAAUAAUCAUAUCUUAAAAAAAAGACAAGAUAAUUAUAAUAAUGAAGAUGGUAUGCAAGUUAAUGGUGAUAUUGAAAAUUCAAAUAGUACAUUUAAUCAAAUACAACAUGGUAUACAAGAAAGUCAUACAAUAUUAAAAGAAAAGUUAUUAAUUUUUCAACAAAAAUAUCGACAAACUUUUCAAUAUAUUCAAAUACAAAUAUCAAAUUUAGCUACAGAAUUUGAUUACCUAGAAAAAAAGAUAGAAUCAAGAAAAUUAAGACAAUCUACAACACCAUGUCCUCCUAUUCCUAAAUGUCCAUCAACAACCCCAAUUUUAGUAACUUCGCCAACAACAACAGUAACAAUUAAACCAUCAACAAUGUCAACUACAUUGUUAACAACAACAAGACCAACCACAACGCAGUCAACAACAACAACAACCACAUAUACAACAUCAACAAAGUCAACUACAUUGUUAACAACAACAAGACCAACCACAACGCAGUCAACAACAACAACAACAACCACAUAUACAACAUCAACAAAACCAACUACAAAAAUUUCAUCAACAUCAAAAUUAACAACUAUUUCGUCAACUAAAUCAACAACAAAAAUGUCUCCAACAGCACAAUCUAUAACGAUCACAUCAGCAAUAACAGUUACAGUAACUACACCAACAACACAAGUUGUAACGCAAACACCAAAAGCUCCGUGCCAACAGACAACAACAAACUCAUCAAAUUUGCCAGAAACAACAACUAAAUGUAUUUGUAAUGGCUAA